CUCGUUCUCUCGGUCGAUCGACGGGGAAGCGAGCGAGGAACAAGCCGCGCAGCCCUGCGCGGGAGCCCGCGGCCGCCUCGAAGGAUGCGGAUGCUCGUUGCUGCGGCCGCCACCCACUCGCCAGCUGGCACGGCACCGCCUCGCCACCGCCGGCGGCGAGAGCGAGCCGCCGCGCCCGCGCCCGCGCCGCACAAGGCGCUCAACGCCAUACUCCGUUCGCGCGUCAUAGCCUGCCUACGCGCACGAGACGGAGAGACGGCGAUGAAGGCGGCCCAUGCGGCCGUGCGGGGCGGCGUCUCUGUGCUAGAGGUUGUGAUGUCCACCCCUGGAGCGCUGGAGGUUAUUUGUGAUCUUCGCAGAAGUUAUCCUUCUUUGACAUUUGGGAUUGGCACGGUCCUAAAUCCUGAAGAUGCAAGGAAAGCCAUUAGAGCUGGUGCACAGUUUCUCAUGAGUCCUGGUACAGUCAUGGAAAUACUUCAUGAUCUUGAAGAAAGAGAAGUCCUGUAUAUUCCAGGAGUGCUAACACCAACUGAGGUUAUAUCUGCUUCCAGUGCUGGAGCAGAAGUCGUUAAGGUGUACCCAGUUUCAGUCAUGGGUGGAGAGGCCUAUAUGCGUGCUUUGAAGAAACCAUUUCCUUCUCUACCAAUGGUCGCUUCUCAAGGAAUAAGCAUAGAUUCUAUCAACGGGUAUUUAGAGGCAGGGGCAUCUGCAGUCGUGCUAUCUGAUGCUAUCUUUGAUAAAGAAUUGAUGAGAGAAAGGAAAUUUGAUGAAAUUUCAGAACUUGCAAAUCUGUCCAUUCUACAGGCAUCGCAAUCAAGAAUGACGAAAAUAUGACAACUUCUUGGAGCAUUAUAUUCCAUUAAGAGGCACACAAUACUAAUCACCUAGCGCGAGGAUUGGCAGUCAUUUUGUACAGUAUGAUUGACACUGAUAGCCACUCUGUGAUCUGUAUGAAGAUAGGUAGAGAAGUAAUCAAAUUCAAAGCCCUAACACCAUGUAUCAAAACAGAGAAAAAAAUCAAGGGCACUGGUGAUCUGUUGAACAAGUGGUA